CAGGUAAACAGUAAAAGCAAAAAAGCCAUAACAAAUAUGGUUAAGCAAACCAUUGAAAUAUUUGCCCGUGUGAAACCGACGAAGAAACCCACCACGGAGUACUUUGCGGAUCGUGAUGAGCAGGGCAGUAGUUUACUGUUUUUGGUUCCCAGAGAUGUGGCUGAUGGUUUUAUCAACAAUAAGAGGGAAAACUACAAAUUCAGGUUUCAGAAAGUGUUUGACCAAACAGCCAGUCAAGAGGAAGUCUUUGAAGACAUUGCAAAACCUGUUGCUGAUAAUGUGCUGGCAGGUUAUAAUGGCACUAUAUUCGCCUAUGGCCAGACUGGAAGUGGGAAGACCUUUACAAUCACUGGAGGAGCAGAGCAUUACAAUGACAGAGGGAUCAUCCCCAGAACUCUUUCUUACCUUUAUCGUCAUUUCAGCAUGAACAACACAAUGAUCUAUACAACCCACAUAUCUUACCUGGAAAUCUACAAUGAGUCUGGCUAUGAUCUACUGAAUCCCCAACAUGAGGCAUCUCGUCUAGAGGAUUUACCGAGGGUUACAAUCAUGGAAGACCCAGACCAGAACAUUCAUCUCAAGAACCUAUCAUUACUACAGUCAGCCAAUGAAGAAGAAGCUUUGAAUUUGCUAUUUUUAGGAGACACUAAUCGUAUGAUUGCAGAGACUCCUAUGAACCAGGCUUCUACACGGUCUCACUGCAUCUUUACCAUUCACCUGUGCAGCAAAGAGCUGGGCUCAGCCAGAGUACGAUGCUCGAAGCUGCACCUGGUGGACCUUGCGGGAUCUGAAAGAGUGGGAAAGACAGGUGUGGGAGGUCAGAUCCUUACAGAAGCGAAAUAUAUUAACCUCUCACUUCAUUAUUUGGAGCAGGUCAUCAUAGCCCUGUCGGAGAAGGAUAGGUCUCACAUCCCCUACCGCAAUUCCAUGAUGACCUCUGUACUUCGAGACAGUUUGGGCGGUAACUGCAUGACCACCAUGAUUGCUACUGUAUCUGUGGAGAAGAAGAACAUUGGUGAGUCUUUAUCCACAUGUCGUUUUGCUCAGAGAGUGGCUUUGAUUAAGAAUGAUGCUUUACUCAAUGAAGAACUUGAUCCUGCUCUGUUGAUUGUCCAUUUAAAAAAGGAGAAUCAGUCUUUGAAGGAGCAGCUGGCUCUGAUGACUGGCGAGCAAAGAAGUGACAAGUUAACCCAAGAAGAAAUCCAGCAGUUGGAAGAAUGUGUGAAUGUAUAUCUGGAGGACCCUGACUGUGAAGUGACAUUAGACCUGGGGCCUGAUAUGAGAAAAAUCCAGUUUUGUUUCUCUUUGCUAAAGGCAAGAGUGCGUGAGAAACCCUGUGCUGGCAGUAGUAUUCCAUUAACAGGCAUGCUUGAUGGAGAAGAGAGACGAUCUCAUGAAGAUGUCCAAAAACUGCAGGAGAUGUUGGCACACCGUGAUAAUGAGAUCAGUAUAUUGGUGAAUAUGCUCAAAAGAGAAAAGAAGAAACUUCAAGAUGUCACUUCUCAGAUGACAAAGCCACAGAAUAAAAAACAAUCACCGACAACGCUAGAGGGAGCAGAGAGUGCAAAAUUUGACAGCUCUAAUGGUGACAUACAUGCUCAGCAUCUGAUGACUGGAAAAAGAGUGCCAGAAUUAUCUGUAGGUCAGCAGGAGGUAUUUGAAGUCUUUCUGAGGGACCAUAAAGACCAUUUAUCAAUCGAAGAUAAAAGAGCUGUCUUGCAGCAAAGGUUUGUUGAAGCUAAGGCACUUGGUGAGCAAGUUAACCAGAUCCGGACCAGAGUCAACUAUCUGAAGGCCGAGCUGAAAAAUAGACGAAAGCAAAUGGCAGCCCAAGGCUUAACAAGAAAUCAAACAGAAUCAGAGUUGGAUCCUGUUGAGGAGAAAAUCCUUACCCAGAUAGAGGAGGAGAAGAAAAAUUACAAGAUCACCUCUGGAUGUUUAAAAGAUUUGAAAACAGAGAUUGAACAUCUGCAGCUGUUACAUGAGAAGUCGAAAGUGAAAAUCCAAAGAGACUUUGAGAACUGGUGGACCCAGGAAGGCGCUAGACUACAGGGUCACAGUGCAGAGAACACAGGAAACAAUCGAUGGGGCACCAGCCCUCUCAGCCACAUGUUAACCAGGAAAAAUAAUCUCAAAGAUGAUGAAUCCGAUCUUCAGGAGGAGAGACAAGGAGAGAUCAGAGAUCAGAGAGCCUUGCCCUCAGGUGGUUUCUCAUCUACCUCUUUUUCAUUAACCGGAGAUAAAAAGACUGAUGCUGAUAUACAGGCCUUCAUCAGAGCCAGACACAACCUGCUCAACAGCACAGGAGAGACUAUGCACUGAGGAGAAUUACGACCAGGGAACAGUGAACACAUUUGUGCAUAUUGUACAAACCCGCACGGUAACAGAUUUUUUAUCUUGCUCAAAAUAAGCAGCAUGUAUAUAUGUGU